AGAGUCAGCGGCGUGGAAGACGUAUGAAUGACUAAUAGUCCUUAUCAAGCAAGCACUGUCCCCACUGUCCUCCUAUUGGGAGCAGCUUGUCCACAUCAUGACAGUGUCAAAUUGUAAGGAACCAAAGCAAGAGAAGCGCAGCAAAGGGAAGGACAUAACAGUAUGUGGCUACCCGCUCAGCAUAUUCUUCAUCGUGGUAAACGAGUUCUGCGAGAGGUUCUCCUACUAUGGCAUGCGCGCUGUGCUGGUGUUGUACUUUAAGUUCUUCCUGCUCUGGGAUGAAGACCUUUCCACCUCCAUCUACCACACCUUUGUGGCUCUGUGCUACCUCACUCCCAUUCUGGGGGCCAUUGUGGCCGACUCCUGGCUGGGGAAGUUCAAGACCAUCAUCUACUUGUCUAUCGUCUAUGCCCUCGGCCAGGUCGCCAUGGCUGUCAGUGCCAUCCAUGACAUCACCGACUACAACAAAGAUGGGUCGCCUGACAACAUGACCUUUCAUGUUGUGAUGUCAAUGGUUGGCCUCUUCCUCAUCGCUCUUGGCACCGGGGGCAUCAAACCUUGUGUGGCCGCCUUUGGUGGAGAUCAGUUUGGUGAUCACCAGGAAAAGCAGAGACGCACCUUUUUCUCCGUCUUCUACCUGUGCAUCAACGGGGGGAGUCUCCUGUCCACCAUUAUUACUCCCAUCCUUCGAGCACAAGAGUGUGGCAUCCAUUCCAAGCAGAGCUGCUAUCCUUUGGCGUUUGGUGUUCCUGCUGCACUCAUGGUGGUGGCAUUGGUGGUGUUCAUUGUGGGGAGUGGCAUGUACUACAAAGCAGAGCCUGAAGGGAACAUCAUGAUGGAAGUGUGUCAGUGCAUCUCUUUUGCCAUCAAAAACCGCUACAGGCACCGAAGCAGAAGGUUCCCCAAGAGGCAGCACUGGAUGGACUGGGCGGAGGAAAAGUAUCAUAAACUUUUAAUUGCGCAAAUAAAAAUGGUGCUGAAGGUUCUCUUCCUGUAUAUUCCACUUCCAAUGUUCUGGACCCUGUUUGACCAAAAGGGCUCCAGGUGGACUUUGCAGGCCACCACCAUGGAUGGAAACUUUGGGGCGCUGGUUAUACAGCCUGAUCAGAUGCAGACCGUGAACCCUAUCCUGAUCCUGACGCUGGUGCCCAUCAUGGACAGUCUCAUCUACCCUCUCAUCCAAAAAUGUGGCCUGAAUUUUACGCCUUUGAAAAGAAUGACGGUGGGGAUGUUCCUGGCAGCUGUGGCCUUUGUCUGUGCUGCUCUGGUGCAGGUGGAAAUUGACAAAACCCUGCCCACCUUCCCAUCCGCGUACCAGAGCCAGCUGAAAGUCAUAAACCUGGGCCAGAAUCCUGUCAAAGUCACCCUGGGCACCAAUGUCCAGCUGGAGCUGUCCCCGUCUCAGGCCAGUGAGCAGUUCUUCACCUUUGAAGAGGAAGAAAUUAGUGUUUCUGUCGACGGUCCAGGCCAGACCAGGCCGGUCUUCCUCAGCAAGGGGGAGCGACAAACACUUUUGCUUCCCUCGAACCUCACACAGGAGUGGCGGCUGACUAAGGAUUUGAGAGAAAAGCCGCAGCAAGGAAAUAACGCCGUCCGAUUUAUAAACGGGAUGUCCACAGCGGUGAAUGUGUCCAUUCCGGGUGCAGAAUGGAGCUUACUUGAGCCGCUUCAAUAUUCCAACUACUCUCAGAUAAAGAACGGAAUAGCCACUUGCACCAUACGGACGGCCUCGCAGUCCUGUGACUACAGCAGAGAAUUUGGAUUCGGGAGUUCCUAUACUUUUGUAAUUCCCAGCACGUUCAUCUUCGGACCGACUUGCCACGAGUCCAUCCGGGCGGUUGAAGACAUCAAGCCCAACUCGGUCCACAUGGCCUUCCAGAUCCCCCAGUACUUCUUCAUAACUGCAGGGGAAGUCAUGUUCUCCGUCACAGGUCUGGAGUUCUCUUACUCACAGGCGCCGAGUAACAUGAAGGCGGUGCUGCAAGCGGGCUGGUUGUUUACUGUUGCCGUCGGCAACUUCAUCGUCCUGAUCGUGGCCGAGCUGGCAAAGAUUCCCAAACGGUGGGCCGAGUACGUGCUGUUCGCCUCCCUGCUGGUGGCCGUGUGCUUCAUCUUCUCCAUCAUGGCCUACUUCUACACCUACAUGGACCCGGCGGAAAUCGAGGCCCAGUUCAAGGCGGAGGUGAAUGGCGAUGAUGAUGAUGAUGAUGACGAGGACGAUAAACUCCACAAACUGAAGAUGGACGCCAAAACAGACCGUGUUGAUGGCGGUGACGAGAAACAAACUUAUAUGUGACAUAUGUAGGAAAAAAAUAUAUAUAUAUAUUUUUUUUUUAAUGCAAGAAAUCCACCAGAAAUGUGUGCGUGUGCGUUGGAUUCUUUUAGACAUUAUCCUCCAGUUCCAGGCAUCCUGCACAUUAUAAACUUUAUAACUUAUUUCCCAUUUUAUAUAUGUUUUUCACUUUUAUGAAAAGCUGUAAAUGAUGUAAAAAAGAAAAAACAAGAAUAGUUUGUAGUACCGUAUUUCCUUGAAUUGCCGCCGGGUAUAUAGUAUGCGCCUGACUAGAAUUUCUGCCGGGGCCAAAUAAUUAGCAUAUGUUUAGAAUUUCCGCAGGGUCAAACUCGUCACGCCACGAGUGACACUUCACCUGUCAUCAUUUUCAAAAUAGAGGAGGCUGAUUUCAAUCAUUUGAAAUCGCAUAAAGGGAAGAAGAUUAAGAGCUAUUCAGUAGGAUUUAAGGUCCAAGCUAGUGAAUAUGCUGAAAAGAACAGUAAGCUACUAUAUUUUAUUAAUAUACCGUAGCUGCGUGUGUCAAAUAUGAGUCAUUAAAUGACUCCUGCCUCCUGGUGGUAGAGGGCGCUAGUGAUCCUUCUUGCGACUACUCGGCUGCAGAAGAAGUGACAACAAGCAGAGUGAGCAGCAAUCGUUUAUUUUUUCCAGUUUUCUAAACUGGACUUUCAAUGGAAGCAGGAGGUAAUAAAGGAAGAUCUCCAUCCAGACACAGAGACUUUUAAAACUAAAGAAAGAUAAGGAAGACUUCUAUAAACAAGUUAUCGAUGCUUUUGAUCAGAAGGAGCUGCGCAUGGACUUCAUUUAUAAGUAAAGGUAAGACCAUAAUAACGUUUUUUUUUUUAUUAAAUGUGUUUGUCAUGAUGGUAUCCUUACAUCACACUCAAAUUUAUAAGCGCAGGCCUAAAUUUACCGCAUGCCUUUGGUAAACGCCGGAGUGAGAAGAGGUUUUAAAUUAAUUAGCGCCCCGGCGGCAAUUCAAGGAAAUACGGUAUGUGAGUUUUUAAUGAUUGUAGUUGUCUGUUAUACAUAAUAUACAUAUACAUGUACAUAUAUAUAAUAUACAUGGUGCUGAAUUUCCCCCAGGGAUCAAUAAAGUACUUUCUAUUCUA